UAAUACGUACGUGCUCCGCGCACACCAUUGAUAUCGCAAGUAAUUGCGCAUAUAACCGUAGAUAGCGCAUAUGCAUUACAUGCACGGUAUUGAUUUCAAGCUAGCUGCCGCGCCGAAGUACAGUCAUCUAGUCUAGAUAUAGAUCUAGCGCACGUGCAUAUACUAUCUCCAGUAGGCUUAGUAAUUCUUAGAUCGAGUCUACAAACCUUUCAACUUUCUGGGAUCGUCAAGUUAGCAGGCAGGAAAAGUGUUACCAAAGUUAUCAACUUCAAUUUGAAACUUCUUGUAAAUCAUGGCUGACAAGAUUUUCUCCUCCGGUGAGGACUGCAAAUCGAGCUGGAAUGAUGCAAUGGCAAAUUUUAACCAAGCCGACACGCACCUGGAAAUCAUGGGAAAGCCCGUUAUGGAAAGAUGGGAAACUCCCUACAUGCAUGAACUGGCUAAAGUUGCUUCGUCUAAAGGCGGUUGUGUACUCGAGAUUGGUUUCGGACUGGCCAUUGCAGCUACCAAGAUUCAGGAGGCCCCCACUGUCACAGAGCACGUUAUCAUAGAAUGUAACGAUGGCGUGUUCGAUCGCUUAGAAGAAUGGCGGAAAACCCAGCCCCAUACUGUGACCCCGCUGAAAGGAAUGUGGGAAGAUGUGGUGCCUACGCUACCGGAUAAUAAAUUUGAUGGUAUCCUGUACGACACCUAUCCCCUAUCCGAUGCUACGUGGCACACUCAUCAGUUUGAGUUCAUCAAGAAUCAUGCGUUCCGAUUAUUGAAACCUGGCGGUGUGUUGACUUACUGCAACCUCACCUCCUGGGGAGAAUUCAUGAAGACCAAGUAUACAGACAUUCGACAAAUGUUUCAGGAAACUCAGGUUCCUUCUCUAUGCGAGGCUGGAUUUAAGAAGGAGAAUAUAUCCACCGCUCUUCUACCCAUCUCACCGCCCAAAGAGUGCCGCUACUAUGCCUUUAACCACAUGAUCACACCGACCAUCAUCAAGGCAUAGUGUUUGAAACCCAACAGUAGCCAUAACCAAAUGAUUUGGCCAAUUGUUUAUGUUUCUUUCGUUUUUUAUUCUCAUUAUAGACCACAUAGUUCAAUCAAAUUACUUACAAGUUAGGGAUGGAUUCUCGCGGAAAAUAUUGAUAAAUAUUUGUGAGUAAAUGGAUGCUUAAGGGUAAUUAAUCAAUUAUUAAAUCAAUUAUAUAAUUUUUAUUUUCAAUGAAAUUCUGACAGCUCAGUGAGGCGAUUUCGUGUACAAAAUAAGUACUGAAUACGCCGCUGGAAUUCUGUUCAAGGAAGAAAAUGUUGACAUAUGACCUGGCUAUUCAUGUCAUUUUGAUAUUUUUUCUAGACCAUCUGAAUUGAAUGGCAAAUGAACAAGCCAUAUGGUUAGAUUAAAGUUAGAAAUAUUUCUCAACUGGGAGAUGUGAGUUGAUCUUGCAGUUCACUCGGCUCUCUGUCUGCGCCUUAGUUCACACUGACUUUGUGGGCACCCGGUUCGAAACUUGGUCGUAAAUAAUUGUACUGUACAUGAUAAAUACAUGUCUGUCAAAACCCAAUUACACAUUCAUACAUACACGCCCACAACCACACGGGGGAUUCAUUUCGAAGUUAGGAAUACCUUUUAUAGGAUACAUAUUUUCUAUUAAAAAAAAUUGACUUGUUUUUCACCAAAGCUUUCUAGCAUGACUAGACUACAAUAAAAUUGUAUAUAUAAAAAGAAAUGUAUGCAGAAAAAUCUAUUCAGAUCCGAAACGAAAUUCCUUCUUCCAGACGUAAAUAUCAUGCGUUCGAUAUGCGUCUGCAAACACCCAAUUACACCCAACCCCACCCACACACAGAAAUAUCAUGAGGUGUAUGCUGUGGGCAACGACUGUACUCAUUUUAGAGGGAUAUUUGUGUUAGAUCACAAACUAUGCUACUUAUCACAAUGUUACCAUUUCCGAGGCAUCAGUACCUUGUGAAAUUCCAAAUUUUGAGAUAUUCCAAAAUUGUUUACAACCAUGUCACCCCUUCCUUUAUUCACUCAAUUAUACCCUAUUACAUCAAAACUACCCAAGACAAGACUUUGAAAAGUCACGGUGUGGAUUGCGCUCAUUGUCGUGCAAUUAAAAAUUUGCACACGUAAGAAUAGGGUAUAAAAAAAGAAGAAACGGAAUGAAGAAAUUCCAGUACUGUUUAUUGUUUUCAGGUUCAAUCGUUGUUAAAGUUUGGGGAUUGUGUAAAUUGAUUCUUUGGCUAGAUUGGGAUUAUAGAUAGCAUCUUAGAUAAAAAAAAAUUCUAUUUAUAAUAGGUAGGCCAUAAUAGGUAGGUUUCGUUGCCUUUUUAUAUUGUUUUGUUUUGUUGAGAAUUUUUUCUGAUUAAAGUGUUGUGUAAGUAUACAAA